AUGGCUGCGGUAGUACACCAGACACCUUCUCACGAUGGAGUCACACCCUUAAAGACCAAGGGUGAGAUUGACGAAGUACGACUAGAAGCUGCUCUCGGCCAUAAGCAGGAAUUGAAGCGAAAUUUCGGAUUGUGGAGCUUGACAAGUCUGGGGAUUGUGAUUGCAAACUCCUGGGCAUCUACCGGUGGAACAAUCGUUGCUGCACUUCAAAAUGGCGGUCCGAUGGCUGUGAUCUAUGGCCUCAUUCUCGUCAGCAUUUUCUACACUGCCAUCUCGGCAUCUCUCGCUGAACUAUCCUCUUCCAUGCCUUCGGCGGGCGGCGUGUACUAUUGGUCUUCAGUCUUGAGUCGAAACCGCGGUCGUGGAGCCGGAUUCUUCACGGGAUAUCUGAAUGCCUGUGCAUGGCUUCUAUCUGCUUCCUCGAUGAGCUCUAUGCUGGGAAAUGAAGCGGUGGCUAUGUAUCUGCUCAAAUACACUACUGUCGAGUGGCAUGCCUGGCACGUCUUCAUCGUCUUCCAAAUUGUCAACUGGACCUGCUGUGCAAUUGUCUGCUUUGGAAACCGAUUCAUUCCAUUGCUUAAUCGAAUUUCCCUGAUGUUAUCCAUGGUCGGGUUGGUGAUCACCGUCAUAGUGCUGGCCGUGAUGCCAAAGAAACAUGCAAGCAAUGCCCAAGUAUGGACGGAAUACCACAAUAUGACGGGAGGCUGGUCAGAUGGAGUAUGCUUCAUGACUGGAUUAUUGAAUGCAGCAUUUGCAGUCGGGACUCCUGAUUGUAUCAGCCAUCUCUCGGAAGAAGUUCCAAAGCCAGAAGUCAGAGUACCACAAGGAAUCAUGCUUCAAAUGCUCACCGCAUUUACCACAUCAUUCGUCUACCUGAUCGCCCUGUUCUACUCCAUCCAAGACCUCGACGCCGUCUAUGCCAGCAACAUCGGCUUCUUCCCAACGGCCGAGAUCUACCGACAAGCAACGGGAUCCAACGCAGGCGCCAUAGGCCUCAUAGCCGUUCUCUUCCUCGCCACAUUUCCCACGCUCAUCGGCACUUUCGUCACAGGAGGACGCAUGUGGUGGAGUCUCGCCCGCGAUAACGCAACACCUUUCGCAAGUUACUUCGCCCAAGUCCAUCCCACCCUCAACUGCCCUGUCCGCGCAACAGUAGCCAUGAGUGCCAUGGUCACUUGUCUCGGAUGUAUCUACGUCGGCAGCACAACAGCCUUCCAAGCCCUGAUGUCCUCCUUCAUCGUGCUAAGCUCGCUAUCCUACUUCGGCGCUAUUUUCCCACAUGUCCUCUCGGGUCGACGAAAUAUGGUUCCAGGACCCUUCUACAUGGGACAGAAACUGGGAAUGGCAGUCAAUAUCACGGCACUGAUGUACAUCCUGGUCACAGUUGUGUUCUUCUGUUUCCCACUCGUACUACCAGUUACAGUGCAAAAUAUGAACUACACCAGCGUGAUUAUCGUGGGCUUGAUGGCUUUCACGGCUAUGUGGUGGAUCUUUCGUGGGAGGCGCGAAUACCAGGGCCCACAGUAUAGCUUUGAAGUUGCGGAGAGGUUGAGUGCAUUUCAGGCUGGGAAGGAGGGCCGUCGGUCGUUUAUAGAUGUUGCGACUCCAACGCCGACUCCUUGCCCUUGCCCUUGUCUCGAUGAUCAUAUUCAUGUGGGACGAUGUGAUGAAAAGCGUUCAUUUUGA